GCGUCUGCUUUGUACAUGACCCGCGAACUCCACACCCUUCACAUUUUCGCCUGUAAAACUUUAAUCCCACACCGACGGGUCAAUAUACGUCAUCCUAACACUACUAUUGGAAUGAAUGGACUGAUACCCCACUCGGGAAAGCAUAUAUGGUAAAGAAAACAGGAGUAAAUCGAGUAAAACAAAGUUGGCUGAAAGAACCUGUUGAGAGAAUAAAAACCAUGACACUUCCUUGAGUGUAGCAGACGAUACACUUACACACAAGAAUACACACAACACUGCUAUUCCAGCACCACCACCCUGCACGCAAAGCUAUACGGACACUGUUAAUAAUCCCUAGAUGACAUAGUCGUAAAUCAGGGACGGGAGAUACAGAGAGAAAGAAGAAAGAAGAGGUCACAGGGUCAUGUGGGAUACGCCCCUCGUGUUUCUAUGAAGGAUUUGGCGCGCGUGGUCCAUGUCAGGUCCGCAUUUUCACACCUUUACCUGCCUCCUGCCUCAUCCCACGUACUAGAGUCCAAGGCCAUGUCCCCCCGUCCAGAAGACUCCCCCAUAUCCAGUCCCCGCACUCGCUCCCCAGCCAAGGGAGUGAGGACGGGAGGAGUGAGCUGUGCUGGAUCAGAUGCUCUCUCUAUGCUGAAUAUGUUGGCCGAGGUGGCGUCCGUCACCCUACACACUGACCCCUCCGUCACCGACACCUCUCAGGCCUGCAGGGUGAAGGCCAGCGGCACCACCAGCAGGAGACCCAGCGACUAUGACUUGCUCACUCUCGAUCAUGUAUCUGGUAUGACUGACAACCUCCUCCUCAAGCUGUUUGCCGAGUUUGAGUCUAACGAAAUGUGGAAGCGCUUCACCUACACAUGUGCAAUGCUGCCAGCUGCCUGCUCCAAGUACUUCCAGAGCUUUGGCAGUGAACACAAAGCAAGGAGUGGCAUGAAGGCUCACCUCCAGACACACCUCCAGUCCCUCCUAGAAGUACACAAGAGUGGUCAGAGCCGGCAGAGCUACUUACUAGAAUCCGUACCAGCACGAAAGAGACGCCUUGCCCAACAAGACCCUACAGGAGGCAGAAAGCGAGGCAACACAGGGUACACUCGGGCCAACAAGUCAUCUGUAGCCCCAAAGACUCAGAUACGCGAUGGAGACACAAGUAGCAAGGCAAAGAAAGCACCGCCAGCAAGCAAAGAGAAGGAAAAUGAAGCUGUGCAGAAGAAGGAUGAUGCUCCAGCUACUAGUGAGGGUGGCAGUGAUGAUGCACCAGUGGACGCCAUCAAGGAGGAGAUCAAGGUGGUUAUCAUGAGUGAGACCAAACCAAAGAGGAAGCUGGAGACUGGGCGGGAAGGGAAGGUCCGUGCCAAGAAGGUGAAGGCAACGGUUAACCCUCAUCCUCCUGAAAGUGAUGUUAAUGACAACAAUAACAAUAAUAAUUCUGAUAUAAAGACUGUGGCAAGGAUGCCAGUAAUAAAGCAAGAGUGUAAGAAGGAAGCUGAGCGGCAGCCCAUCCAGCAGGUUGUGUCGCAUGACCACGGCUAUCUCAAGGCGUCCCCGGUGAAGUGGGACUCGGAACAUGCUGAGACAAAACCUGCAGAACACCAGCCCACUAAAGAGACCCCCCUUAGGAACCAAACUCAGCCAUCCUCACAGGUGGCUUGGAGUGGAGGUGCAAUGGAUGGGUCUGUAAGCUGCCUUCAAGUCCGGGAGGAGCUGCAGCCAGAGGACCACUCCACUCUGCUCCACCAGCACAUGAAUGAGGAGCUGCAGGGAGGAAUUAUGGCCCAGGAGUGUGGCAGCGCUGGAACACCCCUGCCAGUUGUGGGCUGUGAGAUUGAAUUCACACCAGACCAACACUACAAAGUCAUGCGCUCUGCGGACCUUCCUGUAGUGUACGACCACAACAAUCCCUCUGCUGAUGUUGAAGGUGUGGCCAAGGUGAUCGAGAGGGACGAGUACAAAGUCCGUAAGAAGCCCAAGGGACGAGCAAAGUUCAUAGGACAAAGCAAGGCAGAGAAGGAGAUGGCCUUGAAACUGAUAACAGAGAUUCGAUCCCAGUCUGUGAUGGCUUUGGAGACACUAGAAUGCAAGAUCUGCCACCCUCCUCGCCUGUUCACGGCCCCGUCCACCUUGCUGUCCCAUUACCGCAGCCACGCAGGCAUCCGUCCCUAUGAGUGCCGCAUAUGUGAGGCGGUGUUCACGCGGCAGCACUCGCUCAACUACCACAUGCUGAUCCACACCAACCAGACUCGCUUCACCUGCAGCGACUGUGGCCGUAAGUUCCGCCACCCAUCACACUUCAAAGAGCACCGGCGACGCCACACUGGGGAGUCGCCCUACGAAUGCUCUGAUUGCCUCAUGAGGUUUAAGACCAGAAACACUUACAAACGACACUUGCGGACCCGGCACGGCAAGCUGCUCACCACCCAGGGCACCAUCAUCAUUCUGUCGCAGGAAGAGGCAGACCGCAUGAAGAAGUCGCAGGGCCGCAAACCUCGCCGGCCCCGACAACCCCUCAAAAUAAUAAGUCCGGAAGCUGCUGCGCAGAUGGAGGAGGAGCAGGUGUGGACUGAUUUUGAGGAAGGGGACCGUGAAGAAGAGGAGGAGGAGGAGGAAGAAGAGGAAGAGGAGGAGGAGGAAGAGGAAGGAGCUAACUAUGGUGAGGUACUACAGUCCAGUAAGCAUAAAGGUGAGGUAGGGAGCUACCAGGUGACAGCUGACAGUGUGGUGAUGUCUGUGGGGAUGAAGCAGGUGUCCAAUGGCAAAACUGGUCUUCUUGUUAAGUCCAAAAAGAUUACAGACAAGAGUAACAUCAGUCAAGUGAAGCACAUUGAGCAAGUGAAGGAGUGGAAGAACCCUCUGCAGGGAAACUUGAGACAAACCAGUAAAAACCACCACUCUGAAAUUGUGGAGGAGGAGGUUGUGAUGGAUGGCACUGGUGGUGAGGACCUGCGUACGUACGUCUUCCAGCCACCACCUGAACACAACACACUACCUAAAGUUAACAUCAGGUCCUCUUGGAAUACCAUCAACUUUGACCUCAAGAGUCUAGAGAUGGCAUCCGAGCUCAUCAUUCCAGAGAAUGCAGGCGAGGAGACAGUGGAGGUUCCCCUGACUGACAUGAAAACAGAGCUAACAAACAUGGACACUGGCUGCAAGGAGUUUGUUGGAGACAGUAUCAACCCUGAGGAAGUGAUAACCAUCUGCUCAAACAUGGAAACUGUCAGUGAUGAAGCAGUCAACCCAGGAAUAGUGCAGCCACCCACUAGUAACCCUGACUGGUUCACUGUUAAGAAGCCCAUCAAAUGCUAUACAAGAUCAGGGUAUGGUGUGGCUGACCUCCAUGACACUGUGCAUGCCGCUGCCUCAUGUGCUCCGCCAGACUCCAAGACAAGCAGUAACAGUCAAGGAGUGUACGUUGUUGAGUAUGUCCACAAUAACGACGGGCGGCUUGCCAAGGUGUACCGGGCCAGUGCUUCCCUUGUUCCCAAGAGUGUCCAGCAGGGAUCUGUUCAGGUGCCACAGGUCAUUAGUGUACCCAGCAGAGGACCAGUGCCUGUUAUUGUCAGUAGUGGGUCUGAUAGGCCAGUGGCUUCCAUCACUGUGCCAGCAAGCUCCAUCAGAACAGCGUCUAAGCAAGUGCCACAAGUUGUGCCAGAUGUAAAUCACCAGGACCCAGUCACAGGAAUCGCUUCACCAACCAACAGUCGACUAACUACCAGCAACGCUAAGGAACCAAUUCAUAAGCAGGUUGUGAAUAAUGUGAGGAAGAAUAAUGCCGUCAAGAGCGAAGGUCUCGUCGCCUGUAGAAAUCCACAAAACCCAACCAUUACAUUGCAUUCCUCCCCCUCGGUUGUUGUUACGACUGUCCCUCAUGUCCCGGAGGCUCAGCAACUACCAGGAAGCCACGACAAACUAUUCCCUUGGUCUUCGCAGCCUCUACCAGAUAACAACCAGGUUACUACUUACUCUGUUGGCACUAGUGCAGAGGGAACAGAGGCACUCCAGAAUGGUACAUCCAGUGUAGAGGAACAGAACCACCUUACCUAUCCUCUCACCAAUCAGGAAGUGGAGCAGUACGUUCAGGUGCAAGAUAACAUAUUGUUAGAGGAUGUUGAGAUUAUUGAAAGCCUCAAUAUUGGUGAUGACGAAAUUAUAGUCAACCCAGGAUUGGUUGGUAGUGGUAUGCAGAGUGUGUGUGUGGCAGAGAACCUGAACCAGCUGACCGAGGUUCCUGAGUCAGCCAGUGGCAGGGUGGAGGGGCUGGAGCCACAUGAGGCGGGUGUAUUACAAGGCACCACCCACUCCCAGUAUGUGGAUCAGCUGCUUCACCACAACAUGAUGGUAACCAAUGAACAGAACACACCCACCACACAAGAUACAUCAGCUCCUCCUCCUGUCAAUAUGGGUAUUGUUCACAAGGUUGCAUCCACACUGCAGGCUUAAUGAAGUCAUUGGUGUCACUGUUGCUAAAGUAAGUCAGAUUAUUCUAUCAUGACCAUAGUGUUUAUGAAAAUAUUUAUGCAAGUAUGAAUGACAUUUUUAUCAUUUUUAAAGUUAAAUUAACAUGAUGCCUUCAGACCUUUUAAAAUUAAAUCAACAAUAAAACCCAGACACACACUGAAGCUGGACAUUAGAGGAGAUUAAUAGUUGCUAGAUUUAUAUAUAUUUAGUUCAAUAUAUUUAUAUUUUCAAUAGUGAAAUUGUAGUAUUUACAACUAAUAGUCUCAUUUGUAUGAUGCAUCUCUUGAGGACAUUUUGACUUGUGAAAUCCAUCCAUUAAUAGUCUUAAGGAAGUCUGGAGGUCUCUCAGUGCAUAACAGAAAAACUUGAAAAGAAUUCAGCACAAGAAUGGUAUCUUUAGAGUUUACUAUUUUGUCUUUUUUUUUUUUUAUGAUUACUUUUUUAUUUUGGUUUUCUUUGGUCUGGAAUCCAUUGGUUUAGUGUUCCUGGAUGCCUCCCUGCAUGCGGGGAGAAGACCUGCUUCAUAUGAAUCAUUACAGUAAAGUAGUAAUGGUAUGGAAUAUUUUGUCAAUAUCGUGACAUACUCAGUCAUAAACCUUCCAUCUUUUUCUUUAUAAAACAGAUUGCCCAUCAGUAGACUGUACUAAUGCUUGCUACACUUGACACUUGACAUUGAAAUGAUCUUAUCUGGGAUGUGUCAUAUUUAACUCCUCAGUGGAAUGCCUCCAUAACAGGUGUAUGAAUUAAGGAAAUUGGUUGUUGAAGUACAGUGAAGUGAGAAUUCUUGCCAAAGCAUACAAUGUGGCUCUCUAUUUACUAAGACACUAAAAAUUAGAUAUCCAUUAUUCUCUUGACUGCCUGACAAAAGCACCAAGCAAUGUACAACUGAAUUGUUGUCAUGCUGCAGGUGUUCUUGUUUCUCUCUAAUAGUGGAUAAGUUUUCAUGAAAGGCAAUGGAAUAAAUACAUACACAGUUAGGGUGUGCUCUGCUGAAUAUAGCAGCUAUAUAGUGUUGUGCAUUAUGAAACUAAGACUGUAGUAUGGUGGUGUUGGAUGGGCAAACAUUGGUUUGGUACUUGGUGAACUUAUGCACAAAAAGAUGUUAUCUCUGGGAAGAUCCACUUCAUGAAUGGCAGUGGUGGUGGUAGUGCUAAAGACUGACUGGUGAGGCUCAAACACUGACUGGUCCAAGAAGGUAUUGCAAAACUAUUUGGGUGUUGGAUAGGCAUUGCCCUUGUGGUAAGAUUAUUGAAAGUGAAACCAGUGGUAUUUGACUGAGUAUUCAUCUGUGCUUACCUAUCAUGUUGAUAAACAAGGUAAUUGUGGUAAUUAUAGUUGUACUUUACCACAUCACCGAAUAUUACGGUUUUGACUCAAAACCUGACGUGGCUUACUUGACGCCAUUUCCUGAAUGGUCUUCCCUGUGUGGGUGUCAUUCCAAUGCUGAAUCAUGCAGUACCUGAAUUAUUUUAGGAUCACUAUUUAAAGUAGCAGUAUACAUAUUACAUAUAUAACCAAUAGAAGGUGGCAUUUCCUAGUGCUGUAGUGUAGAAAUGGUGCUUCAGCUCUACUGUGGCCAAGGCAGUUGCUGGGAUGCCAUUCCUUCAUUAUUACAUAAUAGUAAUGCAGCAAUGGUGCUUCAGCAACAAUGUGGCCACCAUAGGUACUGUGCAACACCCAUCUGCAUAGGCUUAAGUUUACAUUAAAUUAAAUUCUGACACACACACACACACACACACACACACACACACACACACACACACACACACACACACACACACACACACACACACACACACACACACACACAUAGUUAGAUAUUUUGAUACAUUUAUACAAGUAAUGCAGACAGUGAAGCUUGGAGAUCAUGGUUCUUAUAGGUGGGUGUGACUGUAUCUUUAAGAGAAAAGUGCCUUAUGUAUAAGUACCUCUUCCAUACUGUUAUUUGAUGGUACAAGCACAAGUACAGGAGUCAUGUGCCUUUACACCUCAAUUUACUUUCUUACAAGACCUGACUUAUAGCUGUAUGAUAUUAGUGCUUAACUACUCACAGAAGAAUCCUGCAAUAUGUAACUAUUUUUAAGUAAACCUACCCAUGUAUGUGUUGGACAGUUUUAUGUGCCAGUACCAGUUUUAACAUAGAGUUGGGUUGUCUUCAAUGCUGAGGCUAAGAAACCAUGCAAAACAUCUUCCUGAAUGAGCACAGUGGAACAUGAAGAAUGGCAAGGGAUUUCAAACCAUAUUCUCAUUGUGGUUUUUAUAAUGAAUUUUUAGAACAUUUGCUAUAUGUACAGUAAUCAAAAGGCAAGAUAAAGUGCACCCUGAUUUUUCUACAACUGGCAGUAUUUUGUACUUAGAUGUGUUUGAUAGUGGUGGGAGUGUUUAAUUCAGAAAUAUAAUGCAGUGAAUGAUGAAGUGGUCAGUUGUGGUAUAUUAAAAUCAAAAGAGGAGCCAAGCUAAUGUGUUACAGAUGUAUUGCAGGUUCCUAAAACACAGGAACUCACUGUUACACUGCCUUGUUUGCUCAGUGACAAUUUAUACAAGCUUGUGAUGAAAUGCAGUGGCUGGAACAUAACAUAUUAUCCUCUGGUGCUACACUAAAACCAAAGUAAUAUAUGGUUACUUAUUUGAGAUUUGUGGCUUUCUUAAUUCUAACAAUAUUAAUCAAAGGAAAGGUGCCUACUAGAAUUGUAAUGUUUUUUGUGUAAUACAUGUUAGUCACCCAGCUUGUAUUGUUCAACUGAAACCAUCAAAACAUAUCUCCUUGUUUGCUGCUUUGUGUCAGUGUAUGGUUCAAGUAUAAGUGCCACUCAUCAUCAUUGUCAACUUCCCUUUAUUCAGGAUCAAUAUUCAGUGUAUCUGCCGGGGGAAACUGACCAUUUCAUAUGUAAACCAAGAAAAAUUGUAAAUUGUACAGAAAAUUAUGAUUAAUGGAAACAUGUUUUUUGUGGUGUUUGUAGCCUGAGCUCAUAUCUUGAUGUGUUUUUGUGCGGCAUGAAGAACCAGUGCCUUCAGGUGGUUUCAAGCUGUUAUUAAGGGUACCAAUUUAUGCUCCCAAUAACACUUCCAUUAAUUGAUUGAUCUUUAUACCACUGACUUUGUACCCAUCAUGAUGUGGCACACACAAACACCCACACCCACACACACACACAUUGAUUUAUUAUUCCAGUCCUGAUGGGUUGCAAAGUCACCACUUCUCUUGCUUCAUAGUAAUUACCUUCUCUCAGUGAGGUAAACAGGAGUUAGUCAAUAAACUCUCCAAAUUGUCUCCACCCAGCCUGGGCUUUGACUCAGGACCUCUCGGUUGUGAGCCGAGCGUGCUAACCUCCCAGCUACACUUUUAGAGCUGUUGAAAAGAGAAGAUUGUCUUGUCUGCAUUGUAUUACUUAAUAUAUUUACAGGGUUUUAUAGUGUGAAUUGGGUGUAACUUCUCAUAGAGCAAUAAUUUGAUGUAAUAAUGUAUAAAACCUAUAUUUUGUACUUUUAAUAAACCUAAUUUUCAAUAA